AUGAAUUACGUGAUAGCAUCAGCGCUGGCCGAGCUCGCCAUCACGCUCGACGAGCACGAGCCCUCGUGGCCAACCCAUCUUCAUCUGGACGACGACAUCCUCCACUUAAUCAGGAUCAGGAUCAUAGCCACUAGCUAUCACCGCACCCGGAUUCCAUACCCAGCCGCACUCCCAUCCUGCAGAGCCAGUCGAGGCAAAUACACGCCCAAACGCAGAAUACGGACCAACGCACCAGUCGCCGCUCAAACAGUGCUCCAUUCGAGCCCUCGGACGAGCGAACGCAGGCGCGCACGCAUCGACCGUGUCCCUCUGGCUCUGUGUGCAGCAAAGCACCUGCCCGCUAUCACCGUCUGA